ACAAUGCCUCGACCCACACGUGAGUCCUACGGCGAUCAAAAACCACCAUUCUCAUACAUCGCCCUGACCGCCAUGGCGAUAUGGAGUUCGCCGGAACGCAUGCUGCCGCUGUCGGAGAUCUACCGUUUCAUCACGGACCGGUUCCCGUAUUACCGGAGGAACACGCAGCGCUGGCAAAACUCGCUCCGGCACAACCUCUCCUUCAACGACUGCUUCGUGAAGGUCCCGCGAAGACCAGACAGACCCGGGAAGGGAGCGUACUGGACUCUGCACCCGCAAGCCUUCGACAUGUUCGAGAACGGCUCGCUACUGCGAAGACGAAAAAGGUUCAAGCUGCAUCAAGGAGAAAAAGAGAGCUUGAACGCAGAAUUGGCAGCUCUGGCUAGUUUCAACAGAGCAUUCUUGGCGAGACAAGCUGGAGCUCCUGCACCACCUGCGAUACCAAACGGGGGUUUGUACUCACCAGCGGCAAAUCUGUGCUCGAGGCCUAGUCCGGAGCCGAUAGACCCUCCUGACACGGCAGCAUUGUUGCCUGCUGGGCCACGACCCCGACGGGCGUUCACGAUAGAUGCUUUGUUGGAGCCUGAGCCUCGGAGACUGUCUCCGUCGCCGCAACCCCCGCCUCCAGUGCAGCCGCACUGUCCUCUGCCGCUGCCGCCCGCCCCCUACCUACUGGCAGCACAGAGAUACCACGCGGAGCUGUUAGCGGGCCUGCAGCAAUCUUGUUUACCUCCGUUAUGGACGUGGCGAGACACCAGUCAAUUUUCACAUUAUACGCUUAAUUCAUGA